AUGUCUCCUCGUCCACCAACCGCCCCAGCGGCACUCACUUUGCCCGCCGAAAUGACCGACGCAAUCAUACUCACGGCCGUACACUCUAUCAUACCCACGUACAACGACGCCUCAUCGAUGUGGUCAAUCUGUCCAGAGCAAUGGAGCACGGUCCAGCGCGUCAAAUUCCACAAUUUUUUCAAACUACGCCACGUAUGUGCCAACUGGAACGAGCGCAUCAAGGACAUCGCCGAGUUGCGAAGCUUUUUCCCACUCGGUCAGAUGGACGUCGACGACCUCCAGAUAGCUCUCGAUAGAUCUAAAGAGCACCUACUCACCGUCCUCGUCAACGACGCCGAUUCCAUCGGUCUGCUUUGGCCCCUUCUACAGUCAGCUUCUCACCGCAUCCGGACUCUAUACAUCGAUGUCGACGUUUCGCUCUGGCCUACUGUGAGCACGUGCCUACAGUUCCACGAUUUCAAUCAACUCGAGAACAUAUUCAUAGGGGCGAGGGGUAUUUUAGAGGACAAAGAGGAGAUGGCGAAUUUCAUGGGAAUGACGGGAGGGUGGCCGACGAACGGCUUGGUAUGGGCGCCCUAUGGAGUACAGAGCAACAGCGGGGUUGAUGUCGUGGACGAUGAUGAUGAUGAGGAUGACCCAAUGAGUCGACUUCCCACUCAGGCCAUUCACACUCGCGACCUUGCUCGCCUCCAGAAUCUACCGGUUACCGUCCUAUGCAUUCGCCAUUCUUCCUUUCCUUUCCACCAAUUCAUCCCUCCGCCUCGCCUCGUCACACUACAUAUUCACAAGAGUCACGGCGGUCACUUUCCAUUCCCCCUAGAUCUCGUCCACUUCGAUCAGGCUCUUCAACACAUGCACCUGUUGACCGUGCUGGAGCUGUGGGACGUGCACGUCAUACAGUCAUCCGCAGUCGCUCCCAUAUCUGGUUCCAACCUACGCAGCGUCGCUCUUCACGGUGCGGCGCCUUCAAUCAAAAGGAUAGCUCGUUACUUCAGUCUCUGUUCCCUUGACGUCUUCGUCACCGAGCUAUUCCAGCACCGUGCGGGAGACCCUGCGACAAUGGAUGCGAACGCGUUGGCCAUCGCCCAAUCAUUCACCUUCAGCAACGUCAUAUCUUCCGCCGGCAUCUUCCUCAAUGUCAAUGGAUCUAUUCAAUGGCAUGCGACGAUCGAUCUGGUGCUGAAGACCGAUCGGAACACGUAUAUGUCCAUCCGAACUCCGGCUAUACACGCUCACGUCUUCAAGACCAUACUGAAUAACUGCCUACACAUCUCACCCGACGCCAGCUUUUCAUUCGACAUGAACUCCAGUACCGAUCCCGGAAACAUGGUCCAUCAUAUAUUCCUUCGGUGCAUCCCUCUACACCGGUUCCAUACGUACCACAUAUGCGUACACGAAAGAUAUAUUCCUACCAUCUUGCGCUUCCUGAGCACUUCAUUUUUGGAAGCAUCACACGGAACUGUCAUAUUCCACGGUUGUCAUCCUACUUGGACUCUAUCGCAAGCACCACACCACCCGGAAAGCUGGAUUGGAUCGGUUGGUGUCGCGAUGGAGACGUUUUGUACUAGUAUCAGUCCAGCCAGAAAGGGGCGGUGGGUCGCGGACGAUGAAAAGGAAAUAUUCUCGCCGGCGUGUACACAGCGACCUUGCACAAACGCCAACUUGCACUCAUUUCAUAUCAACCGCUUCCACGGAAAAGUCUUUAUGAUCGACUUAGGUACUUUGUCCGGUCGUAUCGAUGACUUGGCGAGAAUAUGCACGAUGUCCAGUUGGACGACAGACCAGCUAGAAGAAAUAGAGAGAAGACUCCGCUGCACCAUCGCAUCUGUUCGCCAAAUCCGAAAUGAACCGGUUUACUGCAUAGGUUCGAAGCAGCCGACAUCCAUACGUAGCACCCCGGACGAAAUCCUCUCCAUGUUCUUCGAGCAACUUCCAUCUGAGCCAGAAGGUGAAGGUCCGCCCGACAUAUCCUAUACGUUUUCUGUGCCUCUCGUUUGCAGGAGAUGGCGGCGUGUGGCGCUCACCAUGCCUGGGAUGUGGCGAGACAUCAUUUUGGGCAGUAUGCCUGACUACGUCGCGCUCGAGACCAUUCGUCGGCGAAAGACCUUACCGCUAUUCGUUUGGGGACAAUCCCUAAACACCUUAACUUCUCUAACGGAUCAUCAUCCAUCAUUUACCUCCCAACUGCAACGUCUUGUUCUUGACGAACCCAUAAUCGACUCCGCCGAUGACCUGGAUUGGUUGCAUCCUGAUAAUCUACCGAAUCUCGAGGUUCUGGAGGUCGCCAGUUCUCGUAUCGAACCAGAUGGAACACCCCUUCACAUUUGGUUGGCUGACUUUCAGCAUCUCCAAUCUAUCGACGUAAAGGGUGUUCUGCCUUCAUGGUCCACCAGAGCGUUUCCUCUGUCGUCGAGAACUAUACAUCUGGACAUACUCGGCAUAGGUGGUUCCCCUACAGUAUCCGAGCUCUUUGAGUCACUGGAAAGCCUCCGGCACCUUCAUACCCUGUCGUUCGCCUCUGACCAAAUCAUUAGUUCACACACCGUGGAUAGACUCGUGCUACCAUUCCUUCAGCGCAUAGAGAUCACGGUACCGCAUGAAGAUCACAAAAACAUCCUUUGUAUCCUUCCCUUGCAGCGUACCCACUCCUAUUCUCUCAAACUACACAUCCCACGUUUCUGUCGACGCCCUCAUACUGCUGCGCCCCCUCGCGAUUUCUACACCAACCUUCGAACCAUCCUCUACCUCAGAGCACUCCCCUAUACGUCUAUUCGCAUCAUGAUAGACGAUGCGGACCUGACGUUGAUAUUCAUCGAUGCAGAUCUCCACUCCCUUUCGGUUACCACUCGUACUCAAUGCGGACCGGAACCAAAUAUCUUGUUUGAGAUUGUCGACCCAUCGAAUAUUGGCCACGUCUACGUGGAACAAGGGCGAAAGCCCCAGUCACUUCUUCCUUGUCGCCGGAUGGUACAGGAAGUCGUCAGACACUUAACGGACACCACGGAACUCACCAUACGCAACAAGGUUGCCCACGAUUCCGCUUUGAUUCUGCUUGGCCUGGCAGGUGCAGCCGGCAAGUUUCUGUUUCCUCAUUUGAAGCCGGUAGAAUUAGUGGACUGCUGCAUCCCAACGAACGAGCUGUCCCAGUGGGCCAAGUUUAUACCAGAAGUUCAUUAUACGUAUGACUCUAACAGUGAUGACAGUAUCGGGGUUUCGAUUGACUGA